AUGGAGAAUGAAAACCAAACCUUGUUUAAAGAACUAAUCCUGACCGGGUUUUCUCAGGACUUGAAGACUAGGAUAUUACUGUUUGUUUUGUUUUUAUUAACGUACAUACUGAUCAUUAUGGGGAACAGUUUUCUGAUAUGUACUAUUAUCAUCAGUCCUCAGUUACACACACCUAUGUACUAUUUCCUUUGCAAUUUAUCCUUCCUGGAUUUGUUCUAUGCAUCAAGUUCUCUUCCAAAGAUGUUACUAGACAUAUUUUCUAAGAAAAUCAGAAUCUCCAUCAUUGGGUGUUUGGUGCAGAUGAACAUUACUCUGUUUCUUGGAACUGCUGAGUGUAUACUACUGGCAGUGAUGGCGUAUGACCGUUAUAUUGCCAUAUGCUUCCCAUUACAUUAUAGUGUAUACAUGAAUUGGAGGACAUGUAGAAUUAUUACAGUUGUUAUAUGGUCAGGAAGUUUAUUUUCAUCAACUAUCCCCAACUUCAAGCCUCUUGUGUUCUGUAGAGUAAACACAUUGGACCACUUUGUCUGUGAGAUAUUGGCCCUUCUAGAGCUGGCGUGUGGUGAUCUCAGCUUCCAUAAAAUAGCUAUAUUUGUAGGAAGUUUAUUUACACUAGUAUCACCAAUUAUUUUCAUAGUGGUGUCCUACAUCUGUAUCAUUAUAUCUAUAAUAAACAUCCACUCAGCAGGUGGAAGGUCUAAAGCUUUUUCUACAUGUGCUUCCCACCUGACUGUGGUGUUUAUGUUUUAUGGGACCAGUAUGAUCAUGUACAUGGGACAAACAAAGACUUCUUCAUCUAACCUGAAGUAUAUUUCUCUUAUUUAUGGUGUUAUGACACCGGUGUUAAAUCCUUUGAUCUACAGCUUGAGGAACAAUGAGGUGAAAAAGGCAUUUCCAAAAAUAUUGGCCAAGCGUUCUGCUUCACAGACAGGAUAA